AUUCCGAUUGCGAAACAUUGUUUACAGUUUUCUAUCGGUGUUCCGGGUGAAUAACAAUCGUUUGCUCUCAUUUAAUCAUUUUUCGUUAGGUCAAAGUUUGCAGUAAUGAUGCAGUUAAGGUCCAUUCUUAAAAAUGUUGCGAAUGUGCGAAAUCUGCACGCCUCCAGCAGUCGAUUACUCAAUCUUGUUCCGAUCGUGGUAGAGCAGACCGGCCGAGGAGAACGGGCCUAUGACAUUUUCUCCCGUCUACUCAAGGAACGAAUCAUUUGCUUGAUGGGCCCCAUCCAUGACGAUCUUAGCUCGUUGAUUGUAGCUCAGCUGCUUUUCUUGCAGUCGGAAAAUGGAACCAAACCAAUCCACAUGUACAUCAACUCUCCCGGAGGUAGUGUGACGGCCGGAUUAGCCAUCUAUGACACCAUGCAGUACGUAAAGCCUCCCGUGGCUACGUGGUGCGUUGGUCAAGCAUGCUCAAUGGGUUCGUUGCUGCUGGCGGCAGGUGCUCCCGGUAUGCGUCACUCACUGCCCAACGCCCGGAUUAUGAUCCACCAACCGUCGGGCGGUACCCAGGGACAAGCCACCGAUAUUCAGAUUCAGGCGCAAGAGAUUUUAAAGCUGAAAAAGCAACUGACUGAGAUUUACGGCAAGCAUACGAAAACAUCGAUGGAUGUUCUGUACAGCAAGAUGGAACGUGAUACGUUCUUCUCGCCGGAAGAAGCACAAACUCUGGGUCUCAUCGAUACGGUGUUGGAGCAUCCACCUUCGUCCACCGAAGGAACGUCGUGAAUGGAAAGUGAUUGAAAGUGUGGCAAUUAAUGUUUGACUGUUAGCUUUUUAUUGCAAUUAUGAACGAUUCCACAAUAAAUUCAUAGGUCAUUACAUAA